AUGAUAUUUGCUGUUAAUGAAAUCAACAAAAACCCAUACCUUCUAAAGAAUGCCACCCUUGGAUUUGGGAUUUAUGAUUCCUGUGGGUUGGCUACAAGAGCUAUUCAGGGCACAAUGCAGCUUCUAACUGGUUUAAAUCUACAGAUACCAAAUUAUCACUGUGCAAGGAAGCCAGUUGCAGCCAUAAUAGGUGAUGCUGCAUCAAGGAUUUCCAUUCCUGUAGCCCAGUUAGUGGGACUUUAUGGGCAGCCUCAGAUUAGUUAUGGUUCAACAGCGGCACUCCUGAGCAACAAGAAGCAGUUCCCUUCAUUUCUCCGCACUGCUCCUAGUGACAAAUUCCAAUCUAUUGGCUUAGCCCAUCUGAUGAUAUAUUUUGGCUGGACCUGGGUUGGAAUCCUGGCAGAGGAAAGUGACUAUGGAGAACAGGGCAGUCAAACAGUUAAAGAAGAACUCCUUAAGUCUGAAGCCUGCAUUGCAUUUUUUGAAUCAAUUCCUGUGGCUUACAGUGAAAGAAAGAUCCAGAGAAUCACUGAUGUUAUCAAGGGAUCAUCUGCAAAUGUCAUUCUGGCCUUUUCAAAUGAAGUAGGUCUGAAUCCUGUUUUGGAAGUUAUAUCCAAGCAUGACAUUACUAACAAAAUUUGGCUUGCUUCAGAUGGCUGGUUUUACUCUCCCAUCUUUUCCAAUAAUAAUAUUAUUAAAACAUUAAAUGGCACCAUUGGAUUUGCAUACCAGAAAGGUGAAAUGCCUAACUUUAAAGAACAUCUUCUAAAUGUUAAUCCUUUUAAAACUCCAAAUGACAUAUUUGUGAAUGAGUUUUGGGAGGCAGCUUUUAGUUGUAAAUUCUGGCAACAUAAUUUGAGUUUGCUUGCGAGCAACACAGUAAAUGAAGAAACCUUGUCUUGUUCUGGGAGUGAAAACCUAAAAGAACUGAGUAACCCCUUCACAGAUGUCUCUUCCCUAACAAUGCCAUACAAAGUUUACCAAGCAGUAUUUGCAGCUGCACAGGCUUUGCAUGACAUGUGUUCAUGUUCUCCAGGUUAUGGCUUCAUACACAAUGGAUCAUGCCAUGGCAUGUGUCACUUUGAACCCUGGCAGCUGUUGACAUACAUGAAGAAAGUACACUUCAGAGACAAAACUGGAGAUGAAAUAUUCUUUGACAUGAAUGGUGACCCUCCAGCUGUUUAUGAUAUUCUGAACUGGCAAGUUAGUGACAGCGGGUUAUCAAGGUAUGUUGAAGUUGGACGAUAUAACACCAGCGCCAGCCCUGACUUGGUUAUCGAUGAACAUCAGAUCAAAUGGAACGGAGGUCACACCCAGGUCCCACAGUCUGUGUGCAGUGAGAGUUGCCAUCCAGGAUACAGAUGUUCUAAUCUUCAAGGUCAGCCCAAAUGUUGCUACACCUGCAUUUUAUGUCCAAACGGAGAAAUUACCAACCAGAGUAAUUCCAAUAGUUGUUGGACAUGCCAGGAAGAUUAUUGGUCCAAUCCUGCUAGAAAUCAAUGUCUUCAAAGAUCUGUGGAAUAUCUAUCCUUUGACAGACCCCUGGGUAGCACCUUGACAUCUCUAUCGAUUAUCUGCACACUGAUUCCUGUGAUGGUGUUAACCAUCUUUAUGGGACACAGAGACACUCCAGUUGUAAAGGCCAACAACCGGAACAUCAGUUAUCUUCUACUGUUUGCACUGUCUCUCUGUUUCCUUUGUUCUUUGAUUUUCAUAGGUCAUCCAGUGAGACUUACAUGCCUGCUGCGACAAACUACCUUUGGUAUAGUCUUUUCUCUCUGCAUAUCUUGUGUGCUGGCAAAAACUAUUAUUGUUGUGAUAGCCUUCAAUGCGACAAAACCAAAUAGUAGCUUAAAAAAAUGGGUUGGACCUGUUCUGCCCAACAGUAUUAUAUUUAUAUGCACCAUGUUUCAGGUUAUUCUGUGUAUACUCUGGUUAACUAUUUCUCCUCCCUUCCCAGUAAAGAACAGAAAUGUACAACAUGAUAAAAUUAUUAUUGAAUGUGAUGAGGGAUCUGGUAUUGCCUUUUGGUGUUUGUUGGGGUACAUGGGUCUUUUAGCCAGUGUCAGUUUUGUUGUUGCAUUCCUGGCUAGAAAACUACCAGAUACUUUUAAUGAGGCUCAGUUUAUCACAUUCAGCAUGUUGAUAUUUGUCAGUGUGUGGCUUUCCUUUAUCCCAGCAUACCUGAGCACCAAAGGAAAGUACACAGUUGCAGUGGAAAUCUUUGCAAUCUUGUCUUCUAGUGCUGGGCUGUUCUCUUGUUUAUUUUUACCUAAAUGUUACAUUAUUCUGUUGAGACCUGAGAUGAAUACCAGAGAAUAUCUCAUGGGAAAAGAAAAUGUUAACAUUAAGCAAAGCAGAUAA